UAAUCUAUUUGCAACUCUCAUCAAUCAUGCGUGUGGAAUGUUUGAAAUUCUCAAAUUCCACCUCGAAACAUUGUCGAUGGAGUGUCCACAAAAUCAGGAAGAGGCAGUCACGAAUUCUAAAAUAAUCAUGGAGAAAUUCAGGAGAUUUUCUGACUUGCAAACUCAAAUUCUCAAGUUUGUGAAGAAUCUGGAAGCAUCGUAUAAUAUUGCUCUGUUAGUUAUCGUCGGAGUGAAUAUUUUGACAAUUGUACUCACUGGAAUCACAGCUAUAAUAAAAAAAUCUCAGCCAAGUGAGAUGAUUAGGAUGGUAUUCACCAGCGCAGGCGGCGUCUGCCAUCUUUUUUGGAUUAGCUGGUUAGGGCAUGCUUUGGAAGUUCAAAGCGAGAAGAUCUUCAUAGCAGCCUAUCAAGGUCGAUGGUACUACCUGCCUCAUCAAAUGCAAUUAAUGUUGUUACCGAUUAUGAUGAGAAGCUUGAUACCGUGUCAUUUGACAGCAGGAAAAUUUUACAUAAUGUGCAUGGAAAGUUUUGGACGGGCCGUGAAAAUGAUGAUGUCUUCGUUCAUGGUUUUGAUUUCCCUGCGAUGAAGAAUGUUCAUUGAACAUGAAAAUGUGUA